AUGGCGGAAAAACGGGUGUUCACUAAUUUCUACAGCCUAACAGGCGCAACAAACUUUCUGCAUAUGACAAAACCCUGUCCGCUAUCCGAUCCAAAGUUACCACAGCUUCCAACUAUAACCGACCCUGCUAUGAUUUGGAAUAUCCGCGCCCUAGAAUAUGCUAUCUCCCAGAACGCCGAUCUUGAAAUUUACAAUAAGGCUCUCUUCCCACUUACGUGUAUUAGUUGCAAGAAUACAACUUUUAUGAUGGUAGAAGGGAAGGAUGGCUGCCCUGGUUUGGAAGAUAAGGGCGAAUAUGCCCUAAGAUGUUCUGAAAAGGGUUGCAAAAAUCAUCUACACUUUUAA